GAAUACGUGCUUCUUGGAGAUCAGCUCCUGGUCCUUCAGCCUGGAGACGAGGUUGCCAUCAUCCCACCGAUCAGUGGAGGCUGAACCUGCCCAGAUUCUGUUGGGUCCACAGAUGUGAUUGCUAUUCUCUCCUUCCACCCCAGUACUGUUUUGAGAGAGCCUAAUGUGUAUUUCCAUCUGGAGAAUACAGUUAUGCCAGUGCAAGCCACUACAAGCCAGUGCACCAGUAAAUGAUUAACACAUAUUCAGUAAAUGGAAGACAAUUGCCAGAGAGUGAGAUAUGGAUGAAACUGAAGAUGUGCCAAAAGAUUUUAUCAAGCUCAAGUCUGCAAAGCUCUCUGUAGAUGAAGUGUCAGAGCUGGUCAUUUCACCAUACUGUGGGGCAGUGUCUCUGUUCAUUGGUACUACAAGAAAUAAUUUUGAAGGGAAAAAGGUGAUUCACUUAGAAUAUGAAGCAUAUACUUCAAUGGCAGAGACUGAAAUAAAGAAAAUCUGCAGAGAUGUAAGACAGAAAUGGCCUUCAGUCAAACAUAUUGCAGUGCACCAUAGACUUGGUGUGGUUCCAAUAACUGAAGCAAGUGUAAUUAUUGCAGUCUCCUCUCCACACAGAGCAGAAUCCCUUGAAGCUGUAAUGUACUGCAUCAAUACCCUAAAAGCAUCCGUACCAAUAUGGAAAAAGGAGAUUUAUGAGGAUGAAUAUUCUUGGAAAGAAAACAAGGAAUGCUUUUGGGCAAAUUCAGAAAAAUAACUGUACUCUUUUAAAAAUAAAGUGUUACUCUUCCAAAUGAGCAUAUUUACCUUUGAAUUGUUUUUCAGAGAAUCUAUGUGUUUCUAAACAGUUAUAAUAGAUGUUUUAAUCUGAAUAAUUUAAUUUGGACUGAGAGAUAUGAAUGAGUAUUAAUUAGGGUUUUAAAGCGUUCUUGACUAUCCUUUGAAAGCACCCUUUUGCGCAUUCUAACAUGGAGGCAGUUUUUAAAACAAUCUUCCCUAAAAUUCUUGGUAGCAAGGUAUUUAGACUGCUCUGUGAUAUAUAAUGCUCUAAUGUUUUGACGUUGGUAGUCUGUGUUCUCUAUCUGCAUGGGAGGUCACCGCAGGACAAUUGCUUUUUUUUUAAUCUUAAAAAAGUCCAGACAGGUUUAAUUUUAUGACUGUAGAAUCAGUUUGCAAGCUUUAUGCUAUUUUGAUAUUCUUGUAACAUGAAAACUACUUGAAGUAGAUGAAAUAUUUUGGUCCAGACAAAGAAAAUACAAACUAUGCCCUAGACUUAUUAACUUUUUAGUAAUGGUUAUGUUCCAGUAGCUGUGUCUCACAGAAACAUUUGUACUGUGCAGCUGAUACUGCAAGUCUAUUGUAUUAAAGAAAAUAUGGACAGACUUUUAUUCAAAGUUAGAUCUAAUACUCUACCAGCAACAAACUUGCAUUAGCAAUAACAUGCCAACCUGUAACUACUUAAUGAUGUCUAGACAUAAUUACUUUUGAAGGUGAUUCUUGGCUCAAUAUGACCUGGCACUGUGCACUUGCAGCCUAGAAAGCCAACUGUGUCCUGAGCUGCAUCCAAAGCAGGGUGGUCAGCAGGUCACAGGAGUUAUUCUGCCCCUCUACUCUGCUGAGAUACCACAUGGAUUACUGCAUCCAGUUCUGGAAUCCCCAACAAAAGAAGGAUGUGGACCUGUUGGAAUGCAUCCAGAGGAGGGCCACUAAGUUGAUCAGAGGAUUGGAGCACCUCUUCUACAAAGACUGGCUGAGAACUGGAGUUGUUCAGUUUGGAGAAGGCUCCAGGGAGACUGUAAUUACAGCACCUUCCAGUAUCAAAAGGGGGCUUAAAAGAAGGUUGGAGUGGGACUUUUCACAAGGGCAUGUAGUGAUAGGACAAGGGGCCCUAAGCUGAAGUGAGGGUAACUUUAGAUAUAAGGAAGAAAUUCUUUACUGUGAACCUGGUGAGGCAGAGAAGUUGUGGAUGCCCCAUGGCUGGAAGCGUUCAAAGCCAGGUCAGAUGGGGCUCUGAAUAACCUGCUCUAGUGGAAGAUGUCUCUGCCCAUGGGAGGAGGGUUGGAACUGGAUGAUCUGUAAGGUUCCCUUCCAACCCAAAGCAUUCUAUGACAAUUAUAUCACAGACUGCUGAAGCCUCAGCUCUGUAAUCCAUUUCAUUGUGUCUGCAGUAAAAAUCUACAGCAGCUGCUAGUUGUACAAAGUAAAAUGAGGAAAGCAGGUGAUGAUCUUUUUUUCCUUGGGGAUUUCAAUCAGUUUUAAUACUUAGUUAAUAUAUCUAAAUUAAGUAAACCAUAAUGAAACAUACAGCUUCAGGCAGAAAUGUGGUUAAACUGUGCUUAUUAACUUAUUGAUGCACUUUCCUCGGUGGAAGUGAGUCCAUCCUCUGCCGGACAGCAGCUACUCCUUGCAUGCUUACAUAUACACACCCUACAAACCAUGUGGGCCCUAUAAUCUAGGCAGAGCUAAGCAAGUUCGAGUUUUCCUUUGUUUUGGAGGUUGGAGAGAAGCCCUCUGCUGUUUGAAUGUCGUUUUUACUGGCAAUUGUACUGAAUCUUGAGCACAGAUCACUUCCUCUGUCAAAUAAUUCUUUUUCUCUUUAGAAGAGAAAUACAUACAUGACCUUUUCCAUUUUUGGUGUUCAUUUUUCCACGUUCAUGUUUGCCAUUACCAUGCAACUAAUUAGUGUAUUAAUUUCACAAAAAUAAAUGUUUAGCUUGUCUUUUAGUGGAUGGUUUAUGAAUGAAGUAAAACCUAUGUAGUGCUUGCAUACUGGUGCUGUGCUCAGAUAAAGAAAAAUAGUUAAGUUCUACUUAGGACCCCACGAUCAGGGGCAAUUCUUGUGUUGCCCUAGUGCCUCUCUAGUGCUGCAGUGUCCUGGAAGAUUUCUCCAGGGUGACCUUAAGUGCACCUUCCCCCAUCAGCAAUGCAGCUGUGAAGGAGGGUGCAGAAAAAAAGAGAAUAAUUGUGUACUUCCCCACAGUGACCAGGAACAAUGAAUGGAAGAGAUGUUGUACUGAGUCACAGCUGAGUGUUACAAUGUGUGUAUGCUGCCUUGGUAAAAACAAUGAAAUGUCAUUUUGUGUCCCUAGCUGUGCAUGAGGCAAGUACUGCUUUGUUCUGGAACAAUGAUGUAUCGAUCUUGUGUAACUUUGGGUUCUUCAGCUGGCAUCUCAAAGCGAAAUGGAAAUGCCUCUAGGAGGGAUGUUGUGCAUAAUUAGAGGUAAAAUGUAUCUUGCUGAAAUUUAAGUCCAUACUCCAAACUCUGUGUUCUGUCUCCCUCUGUAGGGCUACCCUUUCUGCUAAGGCAGAUCAUUGUGUUCUAAGGUAGCUGCCUCAGGCUAUAUCUGGAGUGACCCAGAAGUGUUUCCAAAUUUCCAGGCCAGGGGAUGAAUCCCAGCUGUGUCACAGUGUGUGUUAGGGAAAGAUGUGGCUCUGCACAUGUCCCAGUAUCCAUACAUGCAGGACUACACUGCUGGGUGAAGGCUACUUUGUCUUCUGGGGAGGUCCACUGAGUGGGAUGAUAGGCAGCUGCAGAUAAAUAUACAAGGAAAUAUACAGCUUUCUGAAACGAGUCCAAGCAUUUCUCUGCCUUGUCUGUAGGGGAGGGUAAUCCCACCCCUUUGUGGCUCUACCAGGUGUGUCACAUUUGUGGCUCUGGUGCAGAGAGAUGUUCCCAGGAGCAAAUGCUGCAGACCGGUGGGUCAUCAUGUGAUUCUUGUAGAAAUUUGACAGAUGAGGGCUGUCUGUGGAAGGGAAGUGCAUGUCUUCAGAGCAUGAAUUUCUCCUCAGAAGAUGCCUUAGUCUUGGCUGGCAACAUUUGAAUAUACUGAUCCAUCCCUUUGUGUGGCCGAAUAUCCAUAUACCAGCAUUCCUUAAUUUUAGGAGUUUCCUUUCCUGUUUUUGAUCAUUCUGCUCUGUUCUCAGGAGAAGCUUGGCCUCAUGCAUAAGAUGAAAACAGUAAGAGAUGGAUUGCCAUGAAAUAGGCGGGUGGGGGAAGGGGGCUGUGUUAUAAGGCGCCUACCCAGGAGAUGGCAGCCGAGAGAUGGCUCAGUGGGUAGAGCAGGUCCUGCCCUGCACAGGUGCUGGCUGUGCUGGGAAGUACAGGCCCUUGCUUUGGCUGUCAUUCAUGAAAGUGCCAUUGUUGCACUCAGGAAUGAAGCCUUUAGAUUGUUCAACUUUAAACUAGAUUUUUUGGUCCUUUCAGCUCACUUUUCCCACAGCUGUUAAAGUAAUUUGUAGCUUCACAGACUAGCACAUUCAUUUGCUCCUUCAAAAACAUUAAAAGGAAAGAACUGUUAAACCUAAUUAUUAACAAAUUGUCUGUGAAAGCAGACAGUGCUGCCCUUUGCCCCCUAAAAUGCUCUGAAACUCAGUCUUGAGCCCUUCCAUUAAGUGUCCUGUGGAAGUGGUGGAAGAGUUCAGAAUAGGCUGAUGACUAUAAAUGACCAAUUUCUUUGAUUACCCUAGGCCUGUUUUCUGAAAAACAAACAAAUCAUAAAAUUGAUCUUAUCAAGUGUUACAAAGAUUAGUAUCCUGAUGUAUCUUUAUAGCAGUUCUCUUUUAAAUGUUCCAUUUCAACUAUUUUAAGUGGCCUAUACAUUUUAAAAACUGCUAGCAUACCAAAGCCUGUGAUCACAUACAAAUAAUUCACCAUAAAUGAGAACAGAAAGGUAACUUAAAAGAUAGGACCCAAGUUUUCUGAGGCAAUGAAAAUGUACACUUAAUUACCUUUAAAGGCAAUUAAACGUUGAGGCAGUUAGCUAUAUAUUUCAAGAUGCAUUUUCAUACCUUCAUUUUCUUUAGUCUGUAACUUGCAAGCUUUUGUUGUAACCCAGUUUUGGAUGUAAAGUGUAAAAUACCUUGUGCUUUACCCCCAGUCAGCAACCCAACCCCACCCAGCCACUCGCUCACUCUGCUCCUCAUGGGAUGGGGUAGAGAACAGAAAGAGUAAAAGAGAAGAAAUCUUGUGGGUUGAGAUAAAGACAGUUUAAUAGGGAAAGUAAAAACCGCUCAUGCAAGUAAAGCAAAACAAGGAAUUGAUUCACCACUUCCCAUCGGCAGACAAGUUCAGCCAUCCCCAUGAAAGCAGAGCUCUACCAUGUGUAACCAUGGCUUGGGAAGACAAAUGCCAUCAUUCUGAACACACACCCCCUCCUUCUCCUUCCCCCAGCUUUAUAUGCUGAGCAUGACACCAUAUGGAAUGGGAUGGGAUAUCCCCGUGUCCCCUCUCAACUUCUUGUGCAGCCCCAGCCUCCUGUGGGUGGGAUGAGGAGCAGAAUAGGCCUUGGCCCUGUGUCAGCACUGCUCAGUGAUAGCUAAAACAUCUCUGUGUUAUCAGUACUGUUUCCAGCACAAAUGCAAAACACAGCCUCAUACCAGCUACUGCCAAGAAAACUUGCUCUACCUCAGUCAAAACCAGCACAUACAUAAGCCAGUAUUUAAGGAAUCUGGCUUUUAAUUCUGAAAAACACUGAAACUUGAAGUACAGAGUUUUGUGCCUUGAGAUCAGGUUUGUCUGGUAUUGUAUUAUGGAAGUGUUAAAGUUGGUAGCCUACCUGAAUGUCUGUGUACUGUUGUUAAAAGUACGGAGGAGUUGAAAGUGGAAAUAAAAAGCUCUGUGAAA